UUUAUCAGUCCAAGGACAUCAUCCGGCUGGAAAGGGGGGGAGUGUGAUCCUGGUUCUCACGGAGCGCGCUCGACGGGAGUUUUGCACGUUCCUCCAAACUCUUGAGAAGGAUUCGUCCCCGUUUUCGGAGUGCUCAUUUUUGGGGGGUUCGUGAUAUUUAAUAAUUAUUUUCGGUGCAGCAAAUCUCGGCGCGGCGCUUGCAGCUUGCGCGCUCCGCUAAACUGGAUUUUAUAUUUCUUUCCUCCUAAUUUUUUAUUUUUUUUUUUUGCCCCAGUCAUAGCUCAUGACUAUGCUUCUCGAUAGCGGUCCGCAAUUCGCGUCGCUAGGAGUGGGCGGCUUCGGGGCACCAAGGCACCACGACAUCAGCAACAGGGACGCGAGCCUUGGACUCAACCCGUUCAGCGAGUCCUCCCACUCGGCAGCGUUCAAAAUCAGCCCCGUGGGCCACGACAUCACCUCCGGUCAGACAUCAGCUUUCACCCCGCAAGCCGGUGGCUAUGCGGCGGCGCUGGGACACGCGCACGGCGGCCAGGUGGGCUCGUACGGCGGGGGGGCGUUCAACUCCACGCGGGACUUUCUCUUUCGGAACCGCAGCGUGGGAGAGUCGGCCGCGCAGAGCGCGCAGCACGGGCUGUUUGCAGCCUCGACCGGGAGCCUCCAUGGGCCGCCGGGUAUCGCGGACAACCCAGGACAUCUGCUCUUCCCCGGACUCCACGAGCAAGGGGUGAGCCACUCGUCGCAGAGUGGACACGUCGUCAACAGCCAGAUGCAUCUGGGUUUGCGCGGGGACAUCUUCGGACGAGCCGACCCUUACCGGCCGGUGGCCAGUCCGCGCGCGGACCCCUACGGUGCGGCGGCGCAGCUGCACAACUACAACCAUCCCAUCAACAUGAACAUGGGCAUGAACGUGCCCAGCCACCACGGUCCGGGGGCAUUCUUCCGCUACAUGCGACAGCCCAUCAAGCAAGAACUGUCGUGCAAGUGGAUAGACGAGCACCAGAUGAACAGACCCAAAAAGACGUGCGACAGGACGUUCAGCACCAUGCACGAAAUGGUCACACACGUUUCCAUGGAGCACGUCGGCGGGCCCGAGCAGAGCAACCACAUCUGCUUCUGGGAGGACUGCCCUCGGGAGGGAAAGUCUUUUAAGGCCAAGUACAAACUCGUCAACCACAUCCGAGUGCACACGGGCGAGAAACCUUUCCCGUGCCCCUUCCCGGGCUGUGGGAAAAUCUUCGCUCGCUCGGAGAACUUAAAAAUCCACAAAAGAACGCACACGGGUGAGAAGCCGUUCAAGUGCGAAUUCGACGGCUGUGACCGACGCUUCGCCAACAGCAGCGACCGGAAGAAGCACAUGCACGUGCAUACGUCAGACAAGCCGUACAUCUGCAAAGUGUGUGACAAGUCCUAUACGCACCCCAGCUCUCUCAGGAAACACAUGAAGGUCCACGAGUCCCAAGGGUCCGAAUCGUCCCCGGCAGCAAGCUCCGGAUACGAAUCAUCCACACCCCCGGUUCUGGGCUCAGCCUCCAGCGAAGACCCGACAAAAACGCCCCCGUCAGCCGUGCAAAACACAUCCGGACACAGCGAGGGGCUGGCGCCGAAUUUUAACGAAUGGUACGUUUGAGGGCAAGAAGAAGCAAGAGGCCGAACUUCGACAAUGUGGAUUUUAAAAACAACUGAGACGUUUCCUGAUCACGCACAAACACACACACACACACACAUCCACACAGACACACGCGCAAGCACGCGCGCGCGCACGAACAUAACGGGACAUGCAGAAGCAAGCAAGCGGGCCACGUCCGAGCUCAGGAUUACUCAAAUUGGACUUUUUAUUCCGCAGUUUGGAGGGAUUCAAAUGAAAAUGAAUGGAAAAGAGAAUCCGCAGAUUACAUCAUUGUGUUGUUUUUGUUUCUCUUUUUAGUUGAAAAAAAAAAACAUUUCAGGAUUUAAAAAUGAUUUAUUUUUCAUUUUAUGUAUUUUCUGAAAAUUUUAUUUAAAAAUAAAAAGAAUAAAAAAAGGGAAGAUUACUUCACUCUGUUUUAUAUUAUAAAAAGGGUGGCAGACAGCAACUGUUAUGUCGCCCCUUCAAUUGAUUGUUGGAACUUCAGUCUUAAAAAAACGUGCCAAAGUCUUUUUGUCAUGAACUUGAACACAGUUUAAAAGAUUACAAAACGAAAAAAAAAAAUCCUAAAUAAAUAUUAUACUCGUGAAUGUAUUUCCUUGUUUGAUGGGGUCAAAUCUGUUGUCAUCGUCCGUUUUUUCGGGUGGAGAAAAAAAUGUGGUAUUAGGUUACGAUUGUUGCCGUUAAAUAUAAUAACGUUGCCUUUUGUUAAUAUGCCGUUGUAAAUACAUAUCCAUGAUGCCAUAUUUAUCGAUUUGUAAUUUAAUUAUGGGUAUAAGUUCUGGGGGGGAAAAUGAUAUUUAUGGAAAUGUUUUUUUUUUUCUAACAACUGUACAGUUUGGGCUCAGCUUCACAAUUACAACAAAAAAAGCUCCAACAUGGCGAUUGUAUCCUUUUGUCUUUUCCUUUCUGAUAUUUUGAUUUUUUUUUUAACCAGUAGGCCUACACGUGUCUUAUUUGCAUCGAAUAAUAAAUAGUCUAUAUGGAUGGAUAAUAUGGAUUUGUCUAUAUAUGAUGCAAAAUAUUUCCCAUAUUUUCUUUAUGACCAUUGACAUGUACAUGUGUGACCUUGGAGGAGGGAGUUAAGCUGAGAAGCUAUAAAACGCUUGUGUUGUAAUCUUUAUUUGGGGGUGGGCUUGGAAUUCAAACUUUGCUUUUGUAUAUUUUACUUUUAUAGAAUCAGACAUAGAUGUCAAAUCUGUAGCAUUCAAACAAACAAAAAAAACCAGCCUAUUGCACACUUUGUAUUAUAGACAAGCGUGUGCGGAUUUCCAAAUCAAGAUGACAGAAUUUUAAAAUUGGGUGUCGAGACACGCCAAUAAUGGCUUUUUUUUUUUUUUUUUAAAGAAUAGUUCCAGCAGUGUCUUUGUGCAAGUAUGUUUUUAAAUGUGUGCAUCGGCAACAAUGGAACUGUCACAAGAAAGAAAAGAAUAAUAAUAUUAAUAAUAAUAAUAAAACGUUUUUGUCUGUCAGCCUGCAUUGUUUUAAACGUAAUUCUUCUGUGGAAACUAAAGCGUGUUCUCUGUUGUGGUGUUUGCAUAUAGAGCAGUUUGAUGAUGCCUGUUUUUUUUGUUUUUUUUUAUGUGUGAGUAACUUGUCCAGAUGGCAUUUUUUUGUGUUGGAAAAACAAAUCUCGUGGAAGGAAUUGUAGAUCUAUGAGGGACUUUUAUUUUUUUUUUGUUUGGGGGUUUCAAAAAGAGUUACAGCAUUGCAUUGUAACCUAUUCUCAAGAAUUAAAUAUUAUGCAGACACAAAGUAUAUUGUGAGAACAAUUUCAGACCACCAGCACUAACUUUGAAAAUAAAAUGUACAAAAAGAAAAUCGGUACCUCGUGACAGUGAUAUAUGAAAUACGUUUAUUUAAUUAAAUAAUUUAAGGAGUAUAUGUUUUAUAUGCUAUUUUCUAUACCUUAAUUUAAAAUAGAACUACUUUUUCUUAUGCUUGCCCCUCAUUCACAUAGCAAAUAUUGUCUUUAUAAACAAACAAAAACACACGUACACACAAAAGCGAGAAUGUGAUGUAACACUUUCUGGGAGACAGGGGUCAAAUUCUGAUGAUGAGGAAAAAAAUGGUUUUAGUCAUGAAAUGUGUUACUGUGCCACAUUGAGGCAAAUGUUACAAGAGCAGGCCCACGUUAAUGCCUUAGCCUGAAUCAGCUACAGACCAUCAGGCACAAUGCGCUCCCUUGUUU